AUGGCAGAGAAUGACCUUCCACGCACUCCACCAGUCCUUGCCCUCCAACUGCCAGGAGAGGGUUUGCAGAUAUCUGCAUGGGCACAAAGGAGUAUUACAUCAAAAGAGGUGUUCAACUCCCUCUCAGCCGACCAGGUCGCCAUCUUACCCUUCCCACCAUUAGAACCAUUCUUUACAAGUCUCUGCCGCCCAUAUAUUAAGAAACAGGAAGUCAUUGCUGCCAUCGCCGCAGAGAUGCUGGUCGAUGGAAUGGACAUGGAUGAAAUGUGUUGUCGAAGGUGCUUCGAUGAUCCAGAACAGGCUGCUGAGCUCAACUUUGCCUUGAAACUAGCUUUGGGGAAAGUCAUCGCGGAUUUCGCAUUUCACACUGAAUGA